UAGAGAGAGAGAGACGCGGCGAGCGGAGAGAACACACCAGCGCAAGAAGACAAAGCUAUGAAAUUCAUCCAAGCUGUUUGCCUGCUACUCCUUUGCCCUGCCUUCAGCCUCAACACCAGCUAUGAGGGCCUGGAGAAGAGGCUGAAAGAGGUGUUCACAGAGAGGACGGGGAUCUUACGGCAACUCUCCAAAACUUCAAAGGAGCUGGACAGUAUAAAAGGGAACCUUAAGUCUCUGAAGAAUGAUGACUCUGUGACCAAGACGGAUGUGCAAAGAAUUCUGGAGCUCAGCCACAAACAGAGGGAGGAAAUGAAGUCCCUUCAGAUGGCCCUGCAGAAGCAGCUGGAUGAGGCGACAGAGAAAGCGGAGAAGCAGCAGGCGACGAUCAAGUUCCUCAAGAUGGAGAUGGAGAAGAAGACCAAGAUAAUUAAGGACCUGCAGCAAGAGAACAAAAGCUUGAAGAAUAAACUUCUCUCCGGCAACAAGCUCUGUGACAUCCAUGCAGAAGAGUCCAAAAAAAUCCAGGCACAGCUGAAAGAGCUGAGGUAUGGCAAAAAGGAUUUAAUUUUCAAGGGUCAGCAGUUAAUGGACUUAGAAAACAAGUUACGGGUUGCGAAAGAGGAGCUGGAGAAAGCGGCACUGGAUAAGGAGUCUCAACUCAAAGCCCUGAAGGACACGGUCCACCUCUGCUUCUCCUCGGUUCUGCACAGCCAGACAGCCAACGGCCACAGAUUCCCCGCGACGCCCACUCACCUGUUUAGGUACGCUCCACUGAUCAACAGCUCCAGAGUCACUUUUCAACAGCCACAUGCAAAGGAUAUCCCAAAAGUUCUCAGAAUCACCACCACAAGUAAAUCGUCUGCAAACCCGGAGGUAAUGAGGAGAGACAGCCCAGGAGUCAAGGACUGCCACAUGACAAAGGUUGACGGCGACUGUUUCCAGAACCAGACGGAGAGCGUAUCCGUGGAAACCAAAAGGAUUAUGGACCACACUCAGAAAAGCCAUGACAGAACUGAAAAUGGCAAUGGAAGGACAUCAGAGGCUGACAUGACAAUGGAGGGUGCCACUAAAAAGACACAUCUUGACAAACACAACUGAAGGCAAAGAGGAUGAAGCCGCAGAUUUUCUGCAUGGUCUGGAUGAUGUCAAAUGAAUUUAGGCCCCUUCUUUCACUCAAAAAGCAUAUAAGCACACACACAUGCACGCUGGCAAGCACACAAUUAGAUUCGCUCAGUCACACACACAAACACACUUACCAACACACACUUACAUACACACUUACAUACAUACAGUUAAACAGACAUACAUGCACAGACACACACUUUCUCUCUUUAAGACAAUGUCACAUAGAGGCUCUGCUGUUGUAGAAAUGUCACUUCCCAACCUACUAAAUUUUUGAACUUUCUUGAUUAAAUAAGCAGCAUAGUACAAUGGCAUGCAUACUAGACUUCUAGGUUUUUUUAAAGGUUGCAAUGGUAUUGGUAAUUUUGUUUUAUAAAUGUUCAUUUCUUUGUUAACUCCUUAAUUUUGUUUUGAAGUGAGGACACCACUUAAUUAAGUUGUGAUGUUUUUAAAAUAAACUACACUCGUCAACUGGUUACACCUAGAUUUUUUCAGUGCUGAUACUGCUUUCUCUCUCAUCCAAUAAGAACUGUUCCGCGGAAUUGAAAAUGAGAUAAACAAAAAAAAAAGUUUGGUUUCUCACGCAUUGUAGCAAAGGUUGAUUUAUUCCCUGUUCCAUAUUCCAAACUACAUGAAAGCUGGCUGGCCAACUUUCUCCAUUCAAUAUUCCUCAGCUCUUCUUUCCUUGUUGGUGCCAGAGGUGAAGAGCCAAAGACUCACAGUGAGUCGUUUUCCCUGAGAAUGAUGUGCCAUGCACUGAGUAUUAUUAAUCUUCGCUACAUCUGUCUCUUUCUCUAUGUUUUUGUGUCCUUUCAAUAAAAAAAUGUGAUUUUUUUUGUAAAUGUGUAAAAAAAAUAAAUGGUUCUUUGUGGAGA